AUGUAUUCUGUAAAUGCUUUACAUCCAGUGAAAACUGCAACACUUGCAUUGCAAAAACAAAACUUAACAAUUGGUGAUUUUUAUGCCAUCUGGUUAAAAUCCACUCAUGGGUUGAACGCAAAUGGAUCCAUAUUAGCCAAAAAAAUAAAAUCUUUGAUGGAUAAAAGAAUUCAGGAAAAUUAUUUAUCAAACAGCACAUUUUUAGCAGCGAUUUUUGUUGAUCCUCGAUACCAGUGUUUAUUAACUCCUGAACAACAACAAAUAGCUAUAACUCGUCUUGUCGAAACAUGGGAGACAUUACUUCUCUUAAAGAAUAAAGACUCUCCUAUUGACGAAUUUCCAGAAACUACCGCUAAUGAUAAAUCAACCAUUGAGAGUACUAUUGAAAGUAGCCAAGACUCUACAGAUCCAUUUGAAGAUUUUUUAUCAUCACAAGCUUCUCUUACAUCAAAUUCAUCUGCCUCGUCCUUAACAGUAACUUCUGAAAGUAUAUUAAAUAUAUUGAAUGGUUUUAAAAAUGUUGAGCGCAUUUCUUAUACUGCUGAUGUUUUGCAAUAUUGGAAAACACGACAAUUAACAGAUCCAGAACUUUAUCAAUUAGCAAGUAUAGUCUUAGCAGUUCCAGCGACUCAGGUCAGUGUAGAAAGGAGCUUUUCUGGAUUAAAAUUUGUUGUUUCUGAUUUGAGAACAUCAUUAGAUCCAGAACUUUUAGAAGCAAUCAUGCUGGAAUUGGAUAUAUAUGAUCGAUAA